ACCUCCUCUCGUCUGCCGCCGCUGUCAUGACAGACUUCUCGUCCAAAUCCAACCCACCACAAGGGACUGAACAUGCUGAACCGCCAUCAUUUUUUGAGGAACUCCAUCGGCAAUACGUUAUAAGGAUCUCGGAGCAGACAGACACCUUCGAGUUCUGUAUGACGGAGCACCUGCGAAUGUCGGGGGUCUACUGGGGCCUGAUGGGCAUGGCCUUGAUGGGGCGAGACCUGAGGAAGGAGAUGGGCGCGGAGGACCUCGCGAGCUGGGUCAUGCGGUGCCAGCACGAAGGGGGCGGGUUCGGCGGAAACGAGGGGCACGACCCGCACAUCUUGUACACCCUGAGCGCGCUGCAGGUGAUGGCGCUGCUGGGGGAGCUCGAUCGGGUCGACAAAGACAAGGUGGCCGGGUACGUGAGCGGGCUGCAGCAGUCGGACGGGUCGUUCUUCGGCGACGAGUGGGGGGAGGUCGACACGCGCUUCUCGUACUGCGCGCUCUCGAGCAUGGCGAUUCUGGGGCAGCUCGACAGCGGGAAGAUCGACGUCAAGAAGGCGGCCGAGUUCGUGGGCAGAUGCCGCAAUUUUGACGGGGGGUUCGGCUGCAUCCCGGGGGCGGAGUCGCACGCGGGGCAGAUCUUCACGUGCGUGGGGGCGCUGUCUAUCGCGAGGUCGCUUCACCUCGUCGACGAAGGUCUGCUGGGCUGGUGGCUCUGCGAGCGGCAGUGUGACUCGGGUGGCCUGAACGGGCGGCCAGAGAAGCAAGCGGACGUGUGCUACUCGUGGUGGAUCCUGUCCUCUCUCAAGAUUCUUGGCAAGGUGGACUGGAUAGACGGGGCCAGGCUGAAGGGAUUCAUCCUGCGGUGCCAAGACUCGGAGGACGGGGGCAUCGCGGAGAGGCCGGGGAACCUGGCCGACAUCUUCCACACCUUUUUUGGCAUCGCCGGCCUGUCUCUCCUGGGGUACUUCGAUGGCAGGGAGGGAUACGACAGCUUUCUUCCGGUGGACGCGGUGUAUGCCCUCCCCGUGCCGCUCGUCGAGCAGCUCGGGCUCAAGAGCGAGAUGCGAGAGCCCGUCCCUCUCCCCCCGGGGGCAACCUGAACAAACUGACCCGACGUCUUGUAAUCCCCCCCUGGUUGUUGUUGUUGUCUUGGCAUUGGAAAUCGUUCCGGUCUCUUGGUGUAGUCAGUCCAUUGUUAGAGAGCUCGAUGUCUCCAUGAGGUUUCAAUGCGUACAGCAGUACCUCUGGGAUGUUUGUCUCAAGUGUCUAACACACGACGCGGGUAGUGUCGGCAAACAUGCUUGCCCUCGUCCUGCUUUGUGGCGUUUGGCUCUGGUACAUACGGUACAUACCUCCCCUUCGCGGAGAGAACCCGUAUGUCAAAACUCAUCCGAGGGAGUGGGUGGGGGGACGGCGCAGCACGGCAUAACUUUGGACGGCCAGUUGCACAGCGAAUGUGUAGGGGGGCGGGGUCAGCGUUGUUGGCGUGCACUUUUGACUGCUGCUAGCGCUGAUGGCUACUCCUAGAUUGUUUUUUUUUUGCUGUUAGAGCGGGGGCGCAGCAGUGCGCGUGGCACGAACCCUCCCGAACCACAAUAGCAAGUACCCAGAGACGAAGAGCAUGCAGUCAUGCCGUCACCAAGAACAACUGUGAGGGAUACAAAUGCACCUUGAGCUGUG